CUGUGCUUGUUGUGUCACAGGGCUGAUAACUUUCUGCUGCCCUCAGAGCAGAGUGCCGUCCUCCCGCUCUCUCUCGCUCUCUCUCGCUCUCUCCCGCUCUCUCUCCUUCCUCUGUGAGACUCAGUUAAGUGCUGAGGAAGUUUGUGACAGUCCUGGCUCCCUCGGCUGGAUGGCGGAGCUCGUGAGAAUCCGAAAGAAACAUCUCCAGACGCCCAUCUGCAGGUUACGGUGCAUGCUGAAGCAGCUCGAGGAGAGAGAUGUGGACUUUGAAGAGCUCAAAAAGAACCUGGACUACACCGCGUCUCUGCUGGAGGCACUGUACAUUGAUGAGACGAGGCAGAGCCUCGACCCCGAAGACGACCUCCAGCAGAUGCGCUCUGACACCGUGCCCUCCGAGGUCCGUGAUUGGCUGGCCUCCACCUUCACCCAGAAGGCCCGCCCUCCGGGGAGGCAGUCCUACGAGAAGCCAAAGUUCCGCAGCAUCGUGCACGCAGUGCAGGCUGGGAUAUUCGUCGAAAGGAUGUUUAAAAGGGCCUACACAGCAGCGAAGCCCGACCAGCCCCCAGCUGUCAUUCACUGCCUGAGGGAUGUGGACCGGUGGAACUUCGACGUGUUCGCGCUGAACUCAGCCAGCUCUGACCAUGCACUGCAGACGCUUUUCCUGGAACUGAUUACCAGAUACGAGCUCAACAGCCGAUUUAAGAUCCCCAUCACGUUCCUCAUGUCGUUCCUGGCCACGCUGGAGAAGGGAUACUCCAAACAUAGGAACCCAUACCACUCACUCACACAUGCGGCUGACGUCACGCAAACGCUGCACUGCCUUCUGCUCCGGACCGGCCUCGUGCACUGGCUGACUGAACUGGAGGUCUUAGCAGCUCUCUUUGCUGCUGCCAUCCACGACUACGAGCACACAGGAACCACCAACAGCUUCCACAUACACACCAGGUCUGAGUUUGCCCUGAUGUACAACGACCGCUCGGUCCAGGAGAGCCACCACGUCAGCGCCACCUACCGCCUGCUGCAGGAGGAACAGAUGAACAUCUUCACCAACCUGUCACGCCAGGAGUGGGCGGAGCUGCGCUCGUUGGUGAUAGAGAUGGUUCUGGCCACAGACAUGUCCUCCCACCUCCUGCAGGUCAAAGCCAUGAGGGCCUGUCUGCAGCAGCAGGAAGGGGUAGAUAAACCCAAAGCCAUGUCUCUGCUGCUCCACACUGCCGACAUCAGCCACCCCACCAAACCCUGGACCCUACACUCCCGAUGGACCCAGGCACUGAUGGAGGAGUUCUUCAGACAGGGGGAUAGAGAGGCAGAGCUGGGACUCCCAUUCUCUCCCCUGUGCGACCGAAAUAACACCUUAGUGGCCCAAUCCCAGAUAGGCUUCAUUGAUUUCAUUGUGGACCCUACCUUCUCCCUGCUGACGGACAUGGCUGAGAGGAUCGUCAUCCCUCUGGUUCAGGAGAAUCCAAACCCACCGGACCCCGGCAAUCGAAACAGUUUGCUGUGGAAAGAGAGCUCAAGGGGUCUGCAGUGGAGUCUCGCCCACAUGACGGCCGAGCUGGUCAGCUUCAGGUCUGCGUGGACCCGUCACACCGAGGACAACAAGUUCAAAUGGAAGGAGCGAGCGGUUAACGGUUCGGUGGAUCAGAGCUCCACAGCGGAGCUGUCAUCCAGCCCUGACGCUGGCUCGGAGGAGCUCCCACAGAAGUUUCCGGAAGGGAGCACUCAGCAGCAGUGAUGGCUGACAGACGGGAUGGGGGCUGAACCCCACACACCGCACUGCAGCUGCAUGAAGACCCCUAAUGCCCGAACCCCACACACCGCACUGCAGCUGCAUGAAGACCCCUAAUGCCCGAACCCCACACACCGCACUGCAGCUGCAUGAAGACCCCUAAUGCCCGAACCCCACACACCGCACUGCAGCUGCAUGAAGACCUCUAAUGCCCGAACCCCACACACCGCACUGCAGCUGCAUGAAGACCCCUAAUGCCCGAACCCCACACACCGCACUGCAGCUGCA